AUGCAGGUUCUAGCGAGGGCGACUUGUGGCGGCCAUCCCUGUGACGCCGCGUCGCCCAUCAAGCGCCUCGUAACAUGUUGCGAACACGCGACGGCUUGGUACUACGCGACGCAGGCCGACGCAGGUCUGUAUCUGCGCUGCGACUUCCUGCGCGACAACACCCCCAAGAAUCGACCCCAGAAACUAGACCAAAAGAAUCGACCCCAGAAACUAGACACCAAGAAUCGACCCAAAAAACUAGACCCCCAGGAAUCGAUCCCAGAAAAACUAGACCCUAAGAAUCGACCCCAGACACUAGACCCCAAGAAUCGACCCCAGAAACUAGACCCCAAGAAUCGACCCCAGAAACUAGACCCCAAGAAUCGACCCCAGAAACUAGACCCCAAGAAUCGACCCCAGAAACUAGACCCCAAGAAUCGACCUAAGAAACUAGACCCCCAAGAAUCGACCCCCAGAAGCUAUACCCCCAGGAAUCGACCCCAGAAACUAGACCACAAGAAUCGACCCCAGAAACUAGACCAAGAAUCGACCCCAGAAACUAGACCAAGAAUCGACCCCAGAAACUAG